CGGGGGUUGGAAUAACACUGCACUGAGUAAGAGGAUCGGACCGGGACACCUAAAAUCUCCACCCCCCCCUCUAGCGAUAACGAUCAUUGAGGGGCACAAGGGCGGAACUCUGGAUAUUGGGGCAGGCAGAACUAGUUGGAAGGCACGCGUUAAAUCUCCAUUAGUGGCAUUACAGUGAAGCUAAAGUCAUGUUUAAUGUUAAAAUGGCUUCGACAACUAACUUCAUGAAGUUUCUUCCUCUUGUGUGCCUCCUCGCUCGGUCUGGACAAACGUUUGGGGAUGAACAAGGGUCGGGUGACGUCAGAGUGGUUGUGAAAGAAGGGAGUGACGCCAUUUUACCCUGUUCACUCAGCAACAAGGAGAACGUGGAGUCAAAAGUCUUUGACUGGAAGAAAGAUGGUCCGAAGGAGAUUUUCUUUUAUGAUAGAGGCUCUAACUACAACAACGGCCGUCCAGGUCAAGAUCAUCAGUUCAAAGGUCGGGUCGCACAUUUUCAAGAUGAGCUGAAGUACGGCAACGCCUCCAUCAUCAUCAGAAAUACGAAGGUGACCGACAGUGGAGACUACACCUGUGAUUUUCCACGUCUUCAGCCAAGACAGAUAUUCCACAUUCAUCUUAUUGUUGUUGACUUCGCCUUUAAAGACAGGAGAGCAGAAAUUAGAGGUGCAGCUCAAAAGCCGUCUGUUAGUGCACUCGGUCAAACAGCUGAUGGGGCCCUGCUGCAGUGUGAAGUUCUUGGUGCUUCUUCAAAACCUACAGUAGAGUGGCAGGACAGUGCUGGAAACAAACUUCCUGCUGAGGAGCCACAGGUCUCAGAAAGAGGAGGCAGCUUCUACAUCACUGUCAACACUACUGUGAAGAAGACCGACCGCUAUCGCUGUGUAGCCACACAGGAGGAGAUCAAACAUCAGAUUUAUACUGAGAUCCACGUGUUUAUCUGUGAGAAACUGUUUGUGGACACGUGCAGCAGAGGAGUUGUCGCAGGAUGGUUUGGUGGAAUUUUUUUAGGAGCUGUAAUUGUUGCUGCUGUUCAAGCUUUUCUUGUAGCUACAAAGUUCAUCAAAAUAAGUCGUACUAAAGGUUCUCGUGAGUACAGAAACGGUUAUCAUUGAGAUCCUGCAGAGCUGCUGUCAAGACUGUAUAAAGAAGUGGACGUGGCCUCCAUGACGUCACCUGCUGGUUUGUGGACCAACGUUUUGGAAACUCAAGUUUGGCAAAUUGGCCGUCGCCAUCUUGUUUUUUUGGGAACCAGUUGACCACAUUUGGAUUCAUUAGGAAAGUGUUUACUGGGGUAUUAAAUCAAGUGAGAAGUCGCGUCCUUUUCAUAGACUACUAGACAAUCAAACUUCUUUAUACAGUCAGCAGCCGGCUCCUGCAGGCCAAUAGAAAGAAUCACUAUUGAGUCAAAAUUAUAUUUUCCACAGGGGGGCUCCAAACAGUUUCAGGGGAGGCUCAGUGAAUGGGAGGGAAACAAUAUUACAUUACUUAUUGCAUUAGUUAUCAAAAGGAGAUCACGUAAUAUAACCUACAUAUUUGAGAGUUCAGAGUUACAGUAGUUAUGGGAACUGUUUCCCCCAUCAGAGUCAGAAACUAAUAAAUGCCUUAUGACGGAGCUUUUUUUAAACUAUUUGGUGCAAUAAAAGGUUAUGUUAUGUCAAUCAGCUAUAUCAGAUGUUUUGGCUAUGAGAUGAAAUAAAAUCAUAAUCCUAGAGGCAUCCAGGAAUUGAGCAAAACUUACCAAGUAAACUAAAGUACAUAUCUCAACAAAACAGAGUGACAAGUAAACAAUGUGAUGAGAAAAAGGGACCAGACAUAACGGAACUUUAAAAAAAGGGACCAGACAAAUAUUUAUUUCCAAAAACUCAGGAACUAAAACCAAAAAGAACAGAUGCCCUAAAUAAUCAGGUGACUUGUUAAACCAACAGAUCCCAGAUCUGGUUCUUAGAAUAAAAUCUGUAAUGUAGCCUAUUUAAAAUAAUGUCUUUUGUACCUUUUUUUUUAUCCAAAGUGAGAAACAACACUGCGUUCUGAACCUAUUGUAGUUGCACAAACUGGAAGACUUACUAGGAGGACAUUGCAAUAGAGAUAACCAUAGACUGUACCAGCAGCUGGGGGGAGGACUGAGUGCCAUAGUUUUAUGACAUAAAUAUAACACGUAGGAUAAUAGUUUUUUGUGUCUAGCCUUGUACGUUUGUAUAUUUUUAGGAUUUCUCUAUUUCUCAGGAGUUUUUAACCAUACAGCCACCUUGAAAACUCAGUUUACGUGUUGGUCAGUCCCAAAUGUUUGUAUUUAGAAAUGUGGAUAACUUCCUUCCAUUGUCAGGUGGUUCACGUGAACAGGGCGGUCUGGGAUGGAGUCAAAUACCCGGCCUGAAUUAUUGUGCCAGUCCGCCCCUGAGGAUGUAUAAUUUAUAAAUAUCAUGGUGCCAAAGACUCCAUCAAAUACGAUGCUGACUGCUAUUUUAAUCUUAUUGAUGCUGUUUGCACUGCUGAUUAUAAAGAGCUGAACCAGAGUCUUUAAGUUACGGUUUAAUAUGUGAUUGUUGGCUCAUUCUCAGUUUGUUGUAGGGAUGUAACAAUUACAGAUUUUGUUGGUACGGUUAUAGUCUGAGGAAUAAUCACAGUUUCAUGAUUAUUAUGCAUUAAUUAAUUUCACAACACCAGUAAUGAUUUAAUGUAAUUAAACAUAAAAAAUCAACUUCACAAUUCUAUUUGUAUAAUAAUAUCUAAGUAUUAUUUAAAUAAGACGAGUAUUAACUUCAUUUAGAAUCCAGUCUCUUCCUUGGUCAGUCUUGGAAAAGCUCCCACACUGGCGAGUUCAGACGUUUCUUUAGUGGAAGCAGUUUGUUCCCUCUGCCAGAGUUUAGCCAGUGAACAGUAGUAGCCUCCACCUCUCUGAUAAGCAUAGCACUUUAAGCUGUUGCAGCACUCAUGUAACUUAUUUUUUUGUUUUGUGCAACAGAAACACUCAUUGAUUGAUUAACGGACGUUUUAAAGAGUGGUUACAGUGGAAUCCGAUAAUUGCUGCAUCCCUACUUUGUUACUUUGUAUUUUUCAUUGUGUGAAGAAUUAUGUGUUUUAUUCAUGUUGUCUUGUUGGUUUUGUUGUUAAGUUUUAUUUACAUUAGGUGUAACAAACCACUAUUUGUUUUCUUUAAGUCAAACGUGUUUUGUGCAUUUCUUUCCUCAACGCUAGUUUUAAAGAAAGAUUGUGUUUUUAAUCAUAUGAAAGAAAGAAUACUGGUGCCUUGUUUCAAUGACUUGAAGUUUCACUUUCUGGAUGUAAGAUGUCUGUUUCACUGUAAAGUUCACUGUGUGUGUUUUUUGCACUGGUUCGUCACCUCACACUUGUAGAUGCAUACUGCCCUAUGAUUGGUCCAAACUAAAUGUGAAUCAGCAUGCUUGUUAGUGAAAAAUCUUUUCCGCUGACAUUACAUCAUAAUUUAUUAGAUGACGAUUUAUCUGAAUCUGCAAAGUAACCAGUACCUAAAGUGGUCAGAUAAAUACAGUGGAGUAGCUUCAACUAUGCACACAGCAGCUCAGAUAUACCAAGAGCAGAUGAGUCUUUUAGUUGAAUUCACUUUUGUGGACGUGUUGAAUGUUGUACAAUAAGCAUCUACAGUUAAAUACCACCGUAGUGCCAUAAAUACAAUAAAUGUAGAAUUUAUUAUGUGUAUAGUUUUUACAUGUGGGCUGUCUCCAUCCAUCAUCAGAGGAGUUGUUGAGAGAUGUUUGUUCAUUUCGGUCAGUAUACACUUUUAGGUGUUUAGAAUUAAAUAGGACAUCCACUUUUUCAUCUACUGCGAUGGACUGGCGACCUGUCCAGGGUGUACCCCGCCUUUCGCCCAAUGUCAGCUGGGAUUGGCUCCAGCCCCCUCGCGACCCUGUAUGCAGGAUCAGCGGUUGACGAUGGAUGGAUGGAUGGAUUUACUAAUUUACUUAAGAUAGGGAUUUUUUAUGGUCUCCCGGGUGGCCAGCCGCCGAUAGUUGUAACUCACUGACAGCUAAUGUGAUUUCAGCAUUUUGCGGCCGCGGUCCGAGGUGCUGAACGUUUAUCUGGACGCAGGUUCGAAUCCCAGUCGGGGCGAAGGCUGUAAUUCAUGAUAAAAGAUAAACAGCUAUUUUUUAAUAAAAUGAUGUAAAUUCCA